CAGAUAAAGGUGCCCGAGACAGUUGCCUUUGUUUGCUUAAAUACCGGCGAUUGUACGGAACACUUGGGCUGUGGCACCCAACAAAAGAAAAUCCGCUUAAAGAUAACGCAACGGACCGACACACUCAUUGUGAACAGUCGCUCCAGUACCAUCGCCAUAAUUAUUUUACCUAUAACAGCUACGAUCCAAAAGCUAUCGCCAUUUACAAUUGAGCUAAUCCACCACAUCCAGCCUACAUCAAACUUCACCAGCAAAGAUGGACAAAGCCGAAUCGCAAAACCCUAUCGCCAACAAAGACUUUACCCAAUUUCCACCAUGGACCAUGAGACCAAUCGCAGGCAGCCGCGGCAGCAGCAGUAGCGCGCAAGUCCAAGUGCCCACCCGCGGCGAGCUCUACUGCCUCGACCACUUCCUCAGCACCCGCGUCCCGCAGUGGCACCAGAGCGAAGUCAGCCGCCACAUGCACCUGUGCGGAGCCGCGGUCGACAAGCUGCACCGGGACCGUGGCCGUGCCGCCGUCGCAAAGAACAAGGCCAAGCUGCCUGCCGCACGCACACAGCCGAGGAGAGCUGUGCGGCAGAAGCGUGGGCUGGAGGAGCUGCUGGCCGAGAAGGGCAGGAGGCCGAACAAGAAGCUGCUCGAGGGGGACUACGUCCUUCCCAGGUCGGAAGUGGCCGAGGCGGUGUACACAACCAGGUAUCUCGUCGAGGGAGGUGAGGACGGCGGGCGAGGGGGUGGGUUCCAGCUGGCCACGCUCGCGUUUGUAGAGCGCCUUGAGGGUGUGAUUGGGGAGAAGCACAGAGAACUUGUCAAGUCAGUCCCAGGUCGCAGGCCAAGGUCUUCUUGUGUCCUGGGCAGCCUGGAAGCGCAUUGUCCUUGCUGCAGAACUUGCUCGACGACAGUCUUCUUGCCCCCGAUCCAACCCGAUGCGCUCAUGAUGCCAACGCCGAGCUUGGGGAACUGGCCUGUACACAUAGGACAAUCAUCACCCCGGGCGAGGAAGCUGAGCCGAAUGUUACUCGUCUCGAUCUUUGAGGAAAUUCAGGAGGGAACUGCGGCGCAGAAGGUACGGCAAGAUGACCAGGAACACAAAGAAGAUGUGGAAGCCGCGAUAGUGACAGUUGGUGGGUUGCGGUUUGCAGUCGACUUUUGCAACGGGCAUCGGGUGAUAAUGCUGUGAAAAAUGCUGCAUACAUAGAAAAGACAACAAUGACUAGUAGCAAAAUACAAGUAAGCUUUUGG